UCAAAAACAGCCUCUGUGUGGACGCUCUGGCCCCCAACCACCCUAGGGAGAGUCAGAUUAAAAAGGUGCCGCAGGCUCUGUCCCACCCAGGAGGUGGCCGUCUGCUCCACCCUGCUGAGGCAGGGCCAGGACAUUGUUGUGCUUCUGGAAGGGGAGGGUGGUGAGAAGGCUGUCUCCCUCUGGGACGAACUCAAGAGCCCACCUGUAGCUACUGGCUUCUCCCUGGGUGUGAGGCUGAGUUUGCGCCCCUUAGAGGAAGACAUGUGUUGGAAGACACUUCUGCUUCUGCUGCUGUAUUACAACGCUCAGGCUACCGUGUCCCACAGGUGGAGCAGGGCCGUACUCUUCCCUGCUGCCCACCGGCCAAAGAGGUCCUCCUCCGUGCCGCUGAACCCCAUCCUGCAGACCUCCUUGGAGGAAGUGGAGCUACUCUAUGAGCUCCUGCUGGCCGAGCUGGAGAUCAGCCCUGACCUGAAGAUCUCUGUCAAGGACGAGGAGCUAGCCUCCCUGCGGAAGGCCUCGAACUUCCGCGCCAUCUGCAAUGAUGUGAUCCCCAAGCGCAUCCCUGAUAUCCGCCGGCUCAGUGCCAACCUGGCUAGCCGACCCGGCAUCCUCAAGAAAGAAGACUUUGAGCGGACAGUGCUGACCUUGGCCUACACGGCCUACCGCACAGCCCUGUCCCAAGGGUACCAGAAGGACGUCUGGGCCCAGGCCCUCGUUAGCCUCUUCCAGGCUCUGAGACAUGACUUGGUUCAAUCUUCAAGCCCCAGGGUUUCCCCUUCAAAGCCUGGCCCACACCAGGACCUCAAGCCAGGGACCAGCACACAAUAAUCUAGAAAGCUCAUUCUCUCCUCUAAGUAUAGAGACUGCCAGAGAAACAUAACAGAGACGCAAAAUACCAGGAGACUGUGCCAUGGGCCAUCACGAUGUGACAUGGGCUGAUAAAAAGCUGUACAACUCAUCCCAGAUGUCUUCAGAGGCAGCAUGGCUUGCCUGGGACACCCAGAAAUGUAAGAUUGCUGCACCAUAAAGCAAUCAGCAUACAUCCAAGAGGGACAGAGCUAGAGAUGAUACCAAGGGGUGUGAUACAGCAGGAUAAUGGGGGACAGAUUUCUUGGAUCCUAGGGGCCAAGAACUGGGCUGAGUGAACCUUUUCCCAAAGGCUCCACAGUAAUAUAAAGAAGACAGGGUUACACCCCAAUAAACACAGUGUUCACCAAGGACAACUGAUUUCCAAAAGCCAUCAAGAAGAUUUGGUUAGAAAAUCAGUAGUUUUAUGACUUGCAUUGUCUAGACUCAUUUUUCUGAACACUAUUCUCAUCGGAGGAACAAGAAGAAGCCACAGAAAUGCCACCACCCACUUCUCACCUUGUCCUCUGAAUAGAGACACCAUGUGAACACAAGGAGAAGCUCCUAAUGAAGAGGGGACCUGGCACCCAUGCCCAUCUGUCAUAACUUAGCCUCAUGAGCAUUAAGUGCACCAAAAAAGAAAUGAUCCUCAGGUGACAGAAUCUUACCCUUUCAAAUGCCAACAUUUUUAGUUUAGAAAUACUGACUUGAUAUCAAUUUUAAAUAUAUAUUAUUCCAAAUAAAAGCUUCAGACAUUUUAUGCACACA